CGCUUCCGCAGACGAGGCCCGAUGGAGCCCGAACCCGAGCACGGGGGCGUGGAGGUUCCCGCGGGGCGCGUGCUCAGUGCCGCGGAGCUCCUGGCUGCCCGCUCGCGGUCCCAGAAGCUGCCCCAGCGGUCGCAUGGCCCCAAGGACUUCCUUCCCGACCGCUCGGCGACUCAGGCGGAGCGUCUGCGUCUAUGUCGCGAAGAGCUCUGGCAGCUGCUGGCCGAGGAGCGCGUGGAGCGCCUGGGCAGCUUGGUGGCAGCUGAGUGGAGGCCGGAAGAGGGUUUCGUGGAGUUGAAGUCCCCUGCGGGUAAAUUCUGGCAGACCAUGGGCUUCUCAGAACAGGGCCAGCAGCGGCUUCACCCCGAAGAGGCUUUGUAUCUGCUGGAGUGUGGCUCUAUUCAGCUUUUCCACCAAGACCUGCCACUGUCUAUCCAGGAGGCCUACCAGCUGUUGCUGUCUGGGGAUACUGUGAAUUUCCUGCAGUACCAGGUCUUCAGCCACCUGAAGAGACUGGGCUAUGUGGUUCGACGAUUCCAACCGAGCUCCAUCCUGUCCCCUUAUGAGAGACAGCUAAACUUGGAUGGCUGUGCCCAGCGCCUGCAGGACGGGACUGGCAAGAGGAAGAGGAAUACCAGCUCUGAGUGUGUUAAUAAAAAAGUCACGGCCCUGGAGACUUCCCUGCCAUCCACCAGCCUGGCAGCCUCCAGCCCACCUGACUGCAACCAAAAUAGCCAAUGCCCAGUUGAGAAACCCCAGGAGCCAAGCCCUGCAAAAGGCCCAGGGGUCACCUUUCCAUUUCUGGGUUCCCUGGAGCCCUGCCCUAGUCUGACCAGUCAGAGUGUGGGGUAUGACCGAGAAAGUGGCAAGGUAGAGAAUGGAAUCAAGGGAGCUCGUAAGCCUCGCUGGAACUUUGAGCAGAUCUCCUUCCCCAACAUGGCUUUGGAUGGUCGCUACACCUUCCUAUCUGCCCCAGCCCCAGAGUUGCUUCCAGCCAACGUCAUUGGGCGGGAGAUAGAUGCUGAAUCCUGGUGUCAGAAGCUGAACCAGCGGAAGGAGAAGCUUUCCCAAUGGGACCAGGAACAAGCAGAGGCCCGGCAGUUCCAGGACAUAAACAUAGACCCUGAGGUGCAAUCUUGCUCCAGCUGGCGGGAAUACAAGGAGCUGCUGCAGAGGCGAGACAUGCAGAAGAGUCAGAGCUACCCCCGACACCUGUGGAGUCAGCCCAUCACCCCCUUGCUGAGUCCAGGACAGGUGGACUCCCCAGCCCUGGUCCUUCAGCAUAUCUCCGUGCUGCAGACAACACACCUAGCUGAUGGAGGUGCCGGGCUGCUGAAGAAGUCCGGAGGCUUGGAGAUCAGUUUUGAUGUUUACCAGGCUGACGCUGUGGCCUCAUUCCGAAAGAAUAACCCUGGCAAACCCUAUGUCCGGAUGUGCAUUAGUGGAUUUGAUGAGCCUGUCCCAGACCUCUGCAGCCUCAAGCAAUUGUCCUACCAGAGUGGGGAUGUCCCACUAAUCUUUGCCCUGGUGGAUCAUGGUGACAUCUCCUUCUACAGCUUCAGGGACUUCACACUGCCUGGGGAUCUGGCGCACUGACUACAGCUCUGAAGGUGUUGGAGCCUGCUCUGGGAGACCUGAACUGUUUGCUCUCAGGGACUAUCUCAGCUGCCUCCUGUACUUAAAGACUCUGACCUGUAGGGGCCAGUGUGUGCCUUGGCCCUGGGUGUCUGAUACUUGCAGGAAAGUAAAACCCUGCCCCAUAUCAUUACCCCCUUGCUUGGGCUCUGCAGCUUCCAAGUCUCAGGCCUGAGAGUACUGCCUUCAGUGACCCCCUUGGAACUCAGGACUAGAUUUCAGAGGCCCAGGAGGUGGGACAGAAGAGAGGACUCCGUGCCUUUAACAAAAGGGUGCCUGUUUCGCCGCCAUAGAGCCAAAGCCAUUAAAAAUAGAUCUUUUUUUC